UUAUCUGGUACCAGCCAAUGGGUUUCUCUUCUCAUUUACAUCCUGAGCUACCAACGAACACUAUCUAUCUACUUCAUAUGUUUUUCCCACAUUGUCAUAAUUAUUGACUACUGAAAAUACAAGUCCCCUUCUUUUGAAUUCAAAAAAAAAAAAACAGAAAAAAAGACAAUCUCAAUCGACAUAGAUUCAUGGCACAUUCACUAACCCCAGCACCAGCUCCAGCAACACCCUUUUCCACAAGGUUAACAAAGAAGACUACCCAUUUUCCAUCUCUGGGGUUUCAAAGAGUUUGGGCUUCCCAUCAAGGUGGUGAUGGAGAAGAACUAGACAAUAAACUCGUCCAUCGCAGGGCGGUGACGUGGGGCCUAGCGGGUGCAAUGCUGGGCUUGAAUGUCGGUGAUAGGAGUGCAAGUGCGGCGGCGAGAAGGCCUCCGCCACCUGCACCGGGGGAGAAGAAGGACCCCAAUGUGAGUGGUGUUCAGGCAAAAGUUCUGGCCAGCAAAAAAAGGAAGGAGGCCAUGAAACAAUCGAUGGCCAAACUAAAAGAGAGAGGGAAGCCCGUUAACGGACCAACUGAAUGAUUUCUCAAUAACCGCAGACCACCUUUGACGUUGUUGGUGUCUUUCCUCAGAAGAUGUGUAUUUAAGAACAAGUAUGAGAUACAAUUUUCGUUCAUUUUCAACAAAGAUUUUUGUAUGUAGGUAAAAGCAAAUGUUUGGUAAUUCUUGAGAUCAGCCAAUUUGGUCAUCCAACUCA